AUGUCGAAUUUCGACCCCAAUGCCAUUCUACGCGGCGCUCAACUGACCUUCGUCGGCGCCCAUCGCGCCCUGCAAAAUCCCGACCUGUUUACUACCACGCACUAUCGUCAGGCUGCAAUAGCCGUAUGCGCGGGACUAGCGAUCCGCAUCAUUCUCAACAUCCCCAUUUACGCAGUCAAGUUUGCGUUGCUGGUCACUUCCCUCUUCGUGAACCUGGACCAGGAGACGUGGGACGACAAGCUCGUCAACGGUCUAGACUUCAUCUCGAAAUCGGUCCUGCAAGUCCCUUUCUUUCUGAUGAUGGUCAUGAGCUCGAUCACGCCGACCCUGGACAACUUGUUCAUGGACUCUCUGGCCUGGGUCGACAGAACGUAUCUCCAGAAACACAAGGCCGAAGACCCCUCAGCCCUGCGUGGCUUGUACUACCCUACACUUAGCAUGUAUUCGACGCACGGCAACCGAGAGAAGAAAGAGCAGCGCACCCCUCUUGAUGGUUUAAUCAGCGUUGGUAUGAAGUAUAGCCGGCGCGCGGCGAUCUCUCUGGCGAUCUAUGCGUUGACGUUUGUGCCGGUCAUUGGGCGUUUCGUCCUCCCUGCUGCCUCAUUCUACACUUUCAACAAGUCCGUGGGUCCUGUGCCAGCGGGGAUAGUCUUCGCGUCCGGCCUCGUCCUACCGAAGCGGUACAUGGUGUCGUUUCUGCAGACCUAUUUCUCCAGCCGCAGCCUCAUGUCACGCCUGCUGGAGCCCUAUUUCUCCCGCAUCCGAUUCACCAAGCAGCAAAAGAAGAUCUGGUUCCUGGACCGCAGCGGCGUGCUCUUCGGCUUUAGCGCGGCGUUUGCAAUCAUGGUCAAGGUCCCGCUGCUAGGUGUUCUCAUAUAUGGCAUCGCCGAGGCUAGUACUGCCUAUCUCAUCACCAAGAUUACCGAGCCUCCGCCACCACCGGGCUCGGAGACCAAAUUGUUCAUCGAGAGCGAGGUCCGCUGGAAGAACAAGCACUUGUUGCUGAACCUUCCCAUCGCCAAACUUGACGAGUUCAAUGCCCGCAUGACUGGUGCCGAGACCGUCGCAAAGUCGUCAGUGCCAGAGACCCCAAGACGCACAUUUGCUUGA